AUUUAAGUUACAGCUUCCUCUGUGGGAUACUGCCCCCAUCCUGACGUCAGUUGGAUGAGGGAUUUUCCUCAGAAACCCAGCCUCAAACUGACGCAUUCACAUAUCAGCUCUUCGGCAGCAACUUAAGGCUCACACACACAUCCACGCAUGAACACCAAUCAGCAUGCUACCUGAGACUCUCCUCCAGCAGUGAUGCCUGCCCUCAGCCCACCUGCCCCGCUCCUCUGUGUGCUGCUGUGUGUGUCGAUGGCUCUGCAGCGCUCUGACAUGCGCCUGGCUUAUGUGACCCACAACAGCUUUUUCUACUACUCCUGCAGCCAAGACCCGCAACCCUGCAGCGUCUCAUCACUUGCAGACUGCAGAUGCAAGGACAUCCAGCUUUCCACGCUGCACCGCCCCCAGUCGCACUCGUCUCCUGUUUUCCGGAUGAGACGUUUAACUGUUUGGUUCACGUCGCCGUUAAACACGGCACGUCUGCUCAACAAUUCGGAGGUGAGGCACCUCACCCUGAUCCACUGUGGCCCUGGAGGAUCCAGAGGGACAACUUUUUCUGCCCUGGAGAGACAUUUUGCUGUGCAGCACCUGGAGAGGCUGACAGUGGUGAACCUGUCACAGAGGCCGGGUCCAGAUGCAAACAGAGCCAAGAACACAGACUCAGACACUGACCCAGACAGAGAUAAUGGUGCUCACCUUGACACAAAUACAUACAACAGGGAUAAAGACACAAACCUGGACCUGAUUUCGGACAUGAAGAGAGAUUCCUUGGCUUUGUCCUCAUCCCAGAUCCAAGACAUCUUCCUGGGCAGGGAGCUGGGAGCAGCAUAUCACGAACAGGCCAGACUGGGAAUCAUCCACAGCUCUGUGCUGGAGUGGGGAGCAGUGGUCAAAGCCUACACAGUCCAGACUCACAUAGACAAUGACGGCGUGCUGCCCUUCCCUGACCUCCACCUGCCAAAAUUACCAGAGACAUCUGUCAUAUAUGUCAGCUUUGUGUACUGACACCAAGUUACUUUUUGAUGAGUAUAGGAGGGAACAACAGGAGGAAGAAGAUCCAGUGUACAGCACCUGCUUUUCUACGAUAGAACACUCCUGGACGAAUGAGGGACUACACCGUCUUAUUCAGCACCUGUACACAAUCACUUUCUUGUUCACCAGAGAUCCUAAAUUUUGGAUCAAAUUUAAGAAUUUUGAGUCCUUUUUGUUGCAGGCCUACACAUCUGAUUUACAUUUUUGACUUAAGAAUAAUCCCUUGAUCCUAAAAUGGGAGAUAAAGUGGUCAUUAGUUUACAGAUUAUGUUGCAUUUAAAGUUAGGCUCUUAAGUAAGUUUCUUCAAGCUGCAUGUUGGAGGAAGAUUAAACAAAGCUGCUCCUUGAUACAGAACCAAGCAAAAGUUUGAGAAAAUGUUUAACAUUUGUAAUUAAAGUCAUUCAGUGUGUGUUAUUUAUAAAACUUUGUAAGAGUGAACACUGACACAAUGAAACUGAUCAAAAACUGUUUACAAAAGAUCCUGGUAAACAUACUGCAGUAAUUUUCUAAAAGUGGGGAAAAUUGUCAAACUUUCUUGGAUAGAAACUGAGAAGGAAACUAAAUGUGUCUGGGAGAUUUUCCAUUUGUUUUCAGUAAAAGCACAUUUUGGCACACACACACGUAAAACAAUAUUUGAUUUUCUUGUCCAAUAGCUUUAAUCAUUUUCCCAAGUGUCCGAAACCUUUGCACAGAUGUUCAGCAUGUUAGAACAAAAUAAGCAGCUAAUGAGAGACCCUCGGAGGGGCCAGAAUAACCUGCCAACCCAUCCAGCUGAAGUGUCCUUUGUUUCUAAAUCCUGUUUGUCCUAAGUUGUUGGUGUUAGCCCCAAAAUGAAAUGAAAGUGGGUGGCCGGGUGGCUCUGUUAACCUUGUUUUUCCUCUCUUCCACAAAGAGAGAAAAUGUGAACUUCCACCAUGAAGUGAAUCCCACAAAAGCUGUGAUCCGGUUGCUGAAUUCACACUGAAAGUACAGUGAGGCUGAUUGUUUUUUCAGCUUUUCACACUGCCACAAAAGAUCCAGUAUCCCAUGUAUUUGAAUAAUCUGAGACCUUUUCUAGUUAUGUAGUUAAAUGAUGACUCAGGAAUUUCAUCAUUUGGACUUUGGGUGCAGCAUGAACUCCUCCCAGCUCUGCUUUUGCAUUUCUACAGCUGACCCUGACCUAUGACCUCUGGUCCCUGUGUAAAAGGUCACAAAGACUUCAAUAAAUUAUAUAGUUAAUUUGUUAUUCGUGGCUGAACUUGGGGCAGUGGUGGGCGGGAGGUCGUCGGUUCAGUCCCUGGACUAGCAGGAAAAAUCUGGGAGGGGAAAGUGAAAUUGCCACCACUGAGGUGCCCUUGAGCAAGGCCCUUAACCCCCAUAAAUGUGUGUAACUGUGCGAAUGUGAUCAGGGCGUUCCUGCUAAAGAGAGGCUUCCUCUCAGUGAAACUUCCCUGAAUAAAUAAAGGUUAAAUACUAAUAAUUAAAAAAAUACAAUAAACAAGUGGUACUAGUGGCAUUCCAAAGAAAUGCGUGAUGCAUGUUUGCUUCCAUGAUUAAACCACAAGAUGGCAGCAGAUACAUUUGAAGCAAACUGAAGUGUUGAGGAAGGACUGAGCUGAUUGACAGCUUGAAGAAAAAUGGUUGUUGUUUUUUCUUCUUUGUAUUUAAGUUUUCUACAACUCUAAUCCAGUAAACAUAAAAUUUAACAAAUGUGUCAUGACACAUCUCAGCACUUUAAAAGCUUGUGAGGAAUAUUAUGUUUUAGGAUAGAGGUAGGCCUAUACUGUUAAGAGUUAAUAAAGUAUGACCUGAUAUUUAUUUGUUAAAAACAAAAAAGACAAAGAAAUUGACAGUGUCAUCGCUUGCAUUUGUUUACAAGGAAAACAAUAAAUAAAUUAUUUACUUAUCA